CAACCAUACCACUUCCGGUUUCACAACCUACCCUCUCUAAACAUGGCUGCCUCCAUGGCGCUCCGAAGAGAAUUUUGCUCCCUAACAAGGAUAUUGAGUGGAAUAUCCAGUUCGGUACCACCCGUUCUGGGCUCUUGUGCAGCCCCUAAGAAAUGCUUUGCAAAGCGGUCUCCACUUCCUUUGACCCAAGGCCCAUCCUUCCACACAGCAGCAGCAGCACUGUCAUCAACAGUGUCAUCACCAAUCACCAUCACAGACCAGCCUGACACACUUUUCCAGAAGGUGACAGUGUUGGUUAAAGGUCAUGAUUGGGCCGUCUUGGAUAGCUACGAGUACUUUGCUACCAUGGCAGCGAAAGAGCUGGGCAUCACCGUCAGCAACGUCUUUGAGCCCCCCAAGGACAUAGAGAGGCUUACAGUCCUGAAGUCAGUUCACAUCUUUAAAAAACACAGGGUCCAGUAUGAGAUGAGGACACACUACAGAUGCAUUGAGUUGUCUCAUCUAACAGGCUCCACAGCACAGGUGUAUCUGGAGUACAUCCAGAGGAACCUUCCCGAAAGUAUCGCCAUGCAGGUGACAAAGAUUGCUAUGGAGAAAGUUCCAGAUCAUAUCACUGAGCCAAUGUGGAAAGAUGAGCCCACAGAGGAAGCCCAGAAGCAGCCCAGCCAAUAGUAUACAAUACGUAUUGUCCAAUAGAAGGACCUUUAUUGUGUCAGUAUAUGUUUCUUUAAUAAUAAAACCUUCAAA